GCCGUCGGGGGCGGUCCCCGGCGCAUCCCCCUGCAGACCAGCGUGGGUUCGGGGGUCGCCGGCCCUCCCCGCCUCUCCCCGGCCUCGCUCAUUGGUUCAGCCCCUAACUGGUCGCCCUCGCGGGGGUAGGGGUGUGGCUGGGCCCGGGGUGGGGGGCGCCGAGCCCGCGGGGGUGCAAGGAGGAAGGCCACGCAGGGGAUGUGGCGCCCGCAGCAGGUCCCCAGGAGCAGGCGGGCCGUCUGUCGGGAGGUGCGGGGAAGCUCCGCGUCUGCAUCAGGAAAACGGUACCUCCCCGUCUUGUGGCCGAGGGAGCCGACGCCCCAGCAUCUCUGCCCGAGGCCGACACACAGUAAAUGGUAGAGUCGGAAAUGGAAUUCCCAAGGCACCCGACUCAGCACUCCCGGUGCGCGGCCUCGCCGCUGCACCUGUACGGGAAGUGUCUGCCAGACGUCCUCUGAGCGUUCUAUCUCCGCUCUGAGUCCCUUGGCGCUCAGAGGGAAUGCCGCCAGGGAGGUGGCUCGGCCCCUACUUGCUAGGUUGUGUACACCAGAACCGGUCAACUACAAAUGCAGAAAAUAAAGUGCUCCAGAGCCCGGGCUCUCCAGAGGAGGGAGAGGUGGCAAUCCGGCUGGAGUCGCUGAAUGCGUCAGGAAAGGAGCUGAGUUGAGCUGGGCGGGAUUCCCAAGAUCAAUGGAAGAACCUUCCAGGUGUGGGACGCCAAAGCAAAGACUCACAGGAUGGAGGCGAGGCUUGUCUUUCCUUUACAGUCCCCUGCAGGGCCUCAAAUAGGAGCCAGGGCAGCCACUCAGAGAUGCUGGUUUCAGGGUUCUGCCCUGCCCCUCGGCUCUGCAUCUGAUGGCUGGGAUCCCAGGGAUCUUGUUUUCCUCCGAUCGUUGUUAUCUUGUUAUCAUCACGUGAACUCUUCCCGUGGCCGCAUCACCCUCCCACAACCUGGAGUGGUUCUAAAGAACCUCAGUUGAUGGUCAAGUUGUCUCCCUGAGGAAUUCUCCGGUCUUGGUGGAGUGUGGACCAUUUGGCCUCCCUUUUUUUGGCGUGAUAAUCUCCUGACAAAUCUCUGUGUGCACACACACACAGGUGCAGUUUUUCCAUUUUUGGAAACAGACCCUGCCUCUCUUCAGAGCCAUCAAGCCUGUACUGGAAGGGGUCUCCCAGUCUUGGAGUACCCUGCUUUGUUCUUGGACUCUCUGCUUUGUUCUGGAACUAUGUGGGCCUCAGCUCAGGUGGUGUCAAAACAGUCUAGGCCUCCAGACCUCCCAGGAGGGCAGAACUUGUUUUCCUCGCCCACAAAGAGACCACAUCUUUACUUCUGUUAUCUUAUAAUAAUCACGUGACUCACAUUCCGAGUCAUUUACACUGGCAUGCCUUCAUUCCUGGUACCCUCCGCUGUCUCUCCCCCAGUCCUGCUGCAGCCACUCCUUAGCCCAGGCCCCAAAUGGUCCCUGUGGCAGCAGCUGGCGUCAUUUCAAGAGGUAGCGACCUUUGAGGACCUGACCAAAGAUUGGAAGCGUUUGAAAGCCUCUGGGAAGGCCCGGUGCAGGGACACAAUGCUGGACAGUUACGAGAACGUGGCCCCUCAGGGCGCCUUCUUACAGUUCUCCGUGAUGCCCCAGAAAGCUGCAAAUGACCCUUCUGGUGUUCCCAGUACAAGUGAUACGGAAAUGGAGAUACGUAACAUGAGAGAAAGGUUUCUUAUAAGCGUGACGAAGUUAGUAGAAAGCAAAAGUUACAACAGCAAGGUUUUUUCCAAAGAAAAGUACUUCCAAACGAUAAAGGAAGUCAAAGAAGCUAAGGAAAAGGGGAAGAAGUCCUCACGUGACUACCGCCGUGCAGCAAAAUACGACGUGAUCUCCGUGCAAGGCACAGAGAAACUAAUAGAGGCGACGCACGGAGAACGGGAUCGCGUUCGGUAUUACGUGCAUAAGGAAGAGUUGUUUGAUAUUCUCCACGAUACGCAUCUCAAUAUUGGACACGGCGGGCGGACACGCAUGCUCAGGGAGCUACAAGGAAAAUACGGGAAUGUCACCAAAGAGGUCAUUGUCUUGUAUCUGACACUCUGUAGACAGUGCCACCAGAAGAACCCAGUACCCAAGAGAGGUCUCACCCCCAAGCCCGUGCCUUUUAAGGACAUUGACUCCAGAUGCCAAGUGGAAGUACUCGACAUGCAGUCCGACGCCGAUGGUGAGUUCAGGUUUAUUUUAUAUUACCAGGACCGCUUGACCAAGUUUAUCAUGUUACGGCCGUUAAAAGCCAAGCAGGCGCGUGAGGUGGUCAGUGUCCUAUUGGACAUUUUCACAAUUCUCGGGACACCUAGCGUGUUAGACUCAGGCAGCGGCGUGGAGUUCACAAACCAGGUUAUUCACGAGCUCAAUGAGGUAUGGCCGGGCCUAAAGAUUGUCGGUGGUCAGCAGCGCCCUGGCCAGGGCCCGGGCUCCCUGGAGCAAGCCAGCCACGACGUCAAGAGCAUGAUAAAUGCCUGGAUGCAGAGUCACCGCUCACGUCGCUGGGCCCAAGGCCUGGGAUUCAUGCAGAUGGUGAGGAAUCAGCUGUUCGACGUGUCCUUGCAGCAAAGCCCAUACGAAGCGAUGUUUGGUUUUAAGGCCAAACUCGGGCUGUAUUCCUCACACUUACCCCGGGAAACCGUGGCCGUCUUACAAACAGAGGAAGAGCUGGAAAUUGCUGAAGAACAGCUAGAAAGUGGCCUUUGGAUCAGGCAGGAAGAAAGGGCUGAGGUCGGAGCGGACAGAUCUGAUGUGGAUGAGGACCUCGAUCCCCCCGCUCCGGAAGCUGCAGAGCCCAGCACCUCACAGGAGGCCCAGGUCUCUGCUGGUGACCGGGCACCUGCCGAGUGGGCGCCCACGGCAUCUGUGGGUCCGUAUGGCCAUCUGGGAACUGCUCCCAGAUUCCCCGGGGAAAGGAGCACAAAGCUGCACUCUCCUGUCGCUCAAACUGUCCAUGCCGGUCCUUGCUCGAAGGGGGUAACUGGUUCGGGUCGGUGACCUGGGGCCACCGUGACAAACCUUGGCAGCCCAGAACAGCAGGAAUUUAUUCUCUCGUCGUUCCGGAGACCAAAAAGUUCAGAAUUGGGGUGUCAGGGUUCGCUCCCUCUGGAGGCGCUGAGGAAGAAUCCGUUCCAUGCCUCUCUCCUCUCUCUGCUGGCUGCUGGCCAUCUUUGGCUGGUACACAUCCAGUCUCCACCUCGUCUUUCUGUGGGUCUCCACGUGGCCUUCUCCCCUCUGUCUCAGUGUGCGUUCUCUUUUUCCGUCUCUUAGAAGGACAUCAUUGGAUACCCGAUCCACGUCAUUGGGUUUAAGGCCCACGCCAGUCGGGGAUGAUCUCAUCUCGAGAGCCCCCCCUUAACUGUAUUUGCAAAGACCUUUUUUCCAAGUGAGGUCAGAUUGGCAGGUAUUGGGGGUUUGUCCUUGGGCGUAUCUGGGGGACACGGUUCUACCAACUGUAGUCAGUAGAGGAGUAUGUUUGCCUGCAGAACGUGAACUCGUGGGGUCUUCAGUGUGUUUGCUGGUCCUCAUGCCCUCCAUGUAUCUGGUACGUCUUCCUUCUGCCAAAUCCUCAGACAAUAUCCCAAAACACGGGGGCUUCAGAGGAAAAAAUGGAGACAAAGUACAGGUAGCGAGAAGAGGUUGAUCUGACAUCGCCUGGAGACUGGCCACCUCCGCGCCUGCCCUCUAUUUCCUGCUUCAAGAAGAGCCGCAGGUACCAUCCCUGCUCUCAGAAUGGCACGCACAGGGAAUGGUCUGACCUGCCUGGAACAGACUUUAAAAGUUGGCCAGAAUUAAGACAUGGCUGGGAUUUGGGUCUGAUUCUGCCAGGUGUCUCUGCCUCAAGAAUAGAAAAGCAUGUCUUUCUGGAAGAGCUCAGUACGUUCCAGGAAAUGACCAGUCGCCAGGGACUCUGGAGCACAGGGCAAACAUGGGCCAGAGGGCCCUGCGCCGGCCAGAGACGACUAGAGCAGGGGCCUGUCUGGGUCAUGGUUCAGGGUGAGGAGAACAGACCUGGCCAAGGAGAAGGAUGAUGCCCUGGGUACUGUCGUGUUCCCACGGCCUAGAUGAUGCCGAGCCAUCGGAGGGGCUCGGUGAGGAUUUGUCUGUGGAAACGAAUGGUUCUGCAGAGAUGGGCGCAGGAAAGGGGAAGGCCUGGUCUUUAUUCUCCACGCACCCUCCCCGCAUAUCCUGGAGCCAUCCAAAGCCCAUUCUGAUUGCCCGUUGAGCUGGUUUCCUCCUCCACACGGGGCAGUACAUACCCCUACCUACGGAAGGGGAGACGCUGCCUGCCUCACAGGGUUGUUGUGCGAGCCAGUGAGAGAAUGUGUGUGAAGGGACUUUGUCCACACACCGAAGUUAGUUGUCCUUGCUGCCAGCAGAGCCCGUCCCCCACGUGAAAGCUGGAGGCCUCUGCCCUUCCUUUGCUGGUUAAACAGUGUUACAGGGAGGCUACAUGAUUGUUAAUAGAAAGGAGGUAAUAGCAUCUUCCAGCUUGUUUCGGGGGGGCCAAAAUCUUGCUCCAUCCUUGGCUGGGACCUCACUCUGCAUUGCUCCUUUGUCACUCUCCCUGGCAGGGCCUGGGAGGCCCGGCUCGACCCAUGUUACCGACCCUCAUGCUGACCUACCACCUCCUGGUGGCCGGGCAAACCGUGAACCGCAUCCCCGACCCAUGCAGGGGAGAGGGGAGAUGAGGCACAGUGUCCCUGCCUUCCCCCGGGGAGGGGCUACAGAUAACCCAGGUUUCCCGAGCUGCUGCAUCGCCGCCCUCCCUUCCCCUUUCACUUCUUGCUACUGGUGGUGGGAGCGAGUUAGAGGCGGACACGGAGACCCGGUGCGGCCUUGCUCUGCGUUUGAGCAUCUGGAACAAAGGCUCCUGGGGCACCGCCUGAUGCUUUCGGCUUGCGAAUGUAGUUUGCGUGUGAAACUCAGAUCAUUGCCAUCGUUCUCAAAACGAGGUUUCAUAUACACCUCUUGAAAACUUGGGCGAUCCGGCCACGACCAGGCCCGCAUCUUUACAUCGCAGCGAAGGACUGGAGCUCAGCGGUAGCCCCCAGGGGGCAGUCUGCGCAUGCAUCCUCCGGGCGGCCACCCUCUGGCCACGCAGUAUACAUGCUCGUGUAUUUCUGUGGCCCGUGGCUGAAGACAGGCGCGUGAAAUGAGAAUGUGAACCAAGGCCAGAAACCGACCGCUGUUAUCUUUAAGAAUUUAUGAUGCAAGUGGCAUUCCACAUCAGCGGGAGGGGUGGUGUUAGUUAGUUAAUUAGCUCUCAGUCAAGAACACAUGACAUCUGGUUCCUAAACAGAAACAGAACUAUAAAAAUAUUGGGGGAGAAAAGGGGGAUUGUGAUCUUGGAAUGGAAAAAGCCUUCCUGAGCCCUACGUGAAAUUCAAAAGCCAUCAAAGAAAAAGCUGAUAUACUUGCCCUCCUGAAAAUUUCAAAUAUCCAUGGGAAAUACCGCCGUUCACAAAGGAAACAAAGAUAAGUGACAUUGGGAGAAAACAUUGGCAACAUCUAAAACCAUCCUAAUUUUUAAAAGGAUGCUUACGAAUGAGUAAUGAACAGAGCAGCCAAUAGAGAGCAAGCAGAGGCUAACUACGGAAGAAAGAGAAAGGGGGAAUUAACGCUUCACGGGCCUGUGUGCAGCUCUGGUGUGAUCGAAGAACCCUGGGCUUGUCAGAUUGGGGCUGUCCGUUUCAGGGAAACAGACCCAAGUUAUUUGAGAAUCUUCAUGUUUUCCAUUGUGUGGGGGGGAGAAGCAGCACGUGCCUAGCGAGCCUGUCCUGAUUGAACAAACCUUACUGAUACGGAGAUAAACUGAUUGUUACCUUAUUUUCAAGACAGCUCUGUUAGUUUCCCAGGGUUGCCCCCAACAAACUGGGGGGCCAAAACAACAGAAGUGUAUCGUGUCGCAGUACUGGAAGCCGGAAGUCUGAGAUCAAGGUGUCCGCAGCGUUGGGUCCUUGCCAGGGCUCUGGGGAGACUUCAGUGCCUCUCCUGUCUUCUGGUAGCCUCAAGUGUCCCUAGGCUUGCAGGUGACAUUCUCCCCAUGCCUUCGCAUCUGUGUGUGUGUGUGUGUGUGUGUGUCUGUCUCCGUGUCCAAGGGUCCCCUUCCAAUGAGGACCCCAUCGUGUUAGAUUAGGGCCCACCCUAGCGAUGUCAUUUUAGCCUGAUCGUCUGCCUCCUUACUUGGCAAUAAGGUCACUUUCAAAAGUACUGGGAGGGACGGCUUCA